GCCCAGGGUCAUUUGCUCCGCCGCAGUCACGGGGGAGCAGCUGGCGGCCCAGUAGACCUUCCCAGAAUGCCUCAUUUCACAAGACUCGUUUUCUUCUUGUUUUGCCUGAUGGUUCUCGUGGAAAGCAGAAAGCCCAGGAGGAGGAAGCGGACGGGGCAGCUGGAAACGCCCAAGCCGAGUCACCUGUAUAAGAAACUUGACGUGACCAAAGUCGGCAAAGGAAAGCCUCCGCCGCUUCUCCGAGUGGAGGACCACGACUUCAGCAUGAGGCCUGCCUUCGGAGGCCCUGCCAUCCCGGUGGGCAUGGACGUGCAGGUGGAGAGCCUAGACAGCAUCUCGGAGGUGGACAUGGACUUCACCAUGACCCUGUACCUGCGGCACUACUGGAAGGACGAGAGGCUGGCCUUCCCCAGCGCCAGCAACAAGAGCAUGACGUUUGACGGGCGGCUGGUGAAGAAGAUCUGGGUCCCCGAUGUCUUCUUUGUUCACUCCAAAAGGUCGUUCACCCACGACACCACCACCGACAACAUCAUGCUGAGGGUGUUCCCUGAUGGGCAUGUGCUGUACAGCAUGAGGAUCACAGUCACUGCCAUGUGCAACAUGGACUUCAGCCACUUUCCCCUGGACACCCAGACCUGCUCUCUGGAACUGGAAAGCUAUGCAUAUACAGACGAAGAUCUGAUGCUGUAUUGGAAGAAUGGGGACGAAUCCCUGAAAACAGAUGAGAAGAUCUCCCUGUCUCAGUUUCUGAUCCAGAAAUUUCACACCACUUCUAGACUGGCCUUCUACAGCAGCACUGGCUGGUACAACCGUCUGUACAUCAACUUCACCUUGCGACGCCACAUCUUCUUCUUCUUGCUCCAGACCUACUUCCCUGCCACCCUGAUGGUCAUGCUGUCCUGGGUGUCCUUCUGGAUUGACCGCAGAGCUGUGCCCGCCAGAGUUUCACUGGGCAUCACCACGGUGCUGACCACGUCCACCAUCAUCACGGGCGUGAACGCCUCCAUGCCCCGCGUCUCCUACAUCAAGGCCGUGGACAUCUACCUCUGGGUCAGCUUCGUGUUCGUGUUCCUGUCGGUGCUGGAGUACGCGGCCGUCAACUACCUGACCACCGUGCAGGAGCGGAAGGAGCGCGAGCUGCGGGAGAAGUUCCCCUGCAUGUGUGGAAUGCUUCAUUCAAGAACCAUGAUGCUGGACGGGAGCUGCAGCGAAUCUGAGGCCAACAGCCUGGCUGGGUACCCGAGAAGCCAUAUUCUCACUGAAGAAGAAAGGCAAGACAAAAUAGUGGCCCACCUGGCGCUGAACAGCGGGUCCAGCUCCUCCGGGAAGAAGGGGCUCCUGAAGGGCCAGAUGGGGCUUCGCAUCUUCCAGAACACCCAUGCCAUUGACAAAUAUUCCAGGUUGAUAUUUCCUGCCUCGUUCAUAUUUUUCAACUUAAUUUAUUGGUCGGUGUUUUCCUAGGGGCUUGGAGGCUGUGCCGGGAAGAGGGCAGAGACAUCUGUGUGGCUUGGCCAGCCAUCUGCACAUGGCCUUGCUGGCUGCACCCCCCUCACCCGGCAGCCCAGGUCCUGAACCCCCCUGGCGAUCCCAGGAGCCCUCCACCUGCCCUUCCCCGACUUCAAGGGUUUGCUCCUCAUUCAUGCUGUGUAUUUCGCCCCACUUCUCACCUCCUUAGGACUGUCUGCUUCUGUUCUUGUGUGUGAACAUGUUCACAAGAGCCCCCCUCCUAUAAAAACAUGAUUCAAAUGCCUCCUAGUCUUUCUGAGACCCUAAUAACUUAAGAUUUCAUUGUAAAGGGAAAAGGAGAAAUGAAGUGAGAGCUUAGGGGCAUUCUGGAGAGGAGAAAUUAGGGUGCCAAGUAGGAAUAAGAAAUUUGUAGCCCAAUCUGUGACCCCUCUAGAGGUCAAGCUAAUAACUCAGCCCAGAGCUCCCAGGUAAACAAAGGCCCUCCUACCAGGUGGGAUAUUCUAAGGGCUUAGCAGUUACUGCCAGGAGCUGGAGGCCAAGGCCCACACCUUUCUCUUGGCAAGGUUGAUCCCUGUCUGCAGAGCAAUCCCAUCAGUUUCUUGCUGCUAAUGUUAACUCCUGUGCUGCUGCGGUCAACACGCAGUAAACGCUUUAAGGCAUCCCAGCAUUAGGCACAGUGGAAUCCAAAUUAAGAAUAAGAGACAGUCCUAGUUCUCAGAGAGGACAUGUUAUACAGGUAUCUGUAAGUUAAAAAGUGGUAAGUGCUACAAUAAUGGUUCAAAGUAUAAAAGGAAUUUGGAGGAAGGGAAGAAUGAUUUCCACUGGGAAGACUGGAUCUCAUGGAGGAAAUAGCCUCUGAGUUGCCCCCAAAAGGUGGGGAUUUGGAGAAGAAAUGUGCUUGUUGGAUGGGGGUGAUCCAAUACGGUAGCCACUGGCCAUGUCUCUAUUUGAAUUUAGGUCAAUUAAAGUUAAAUAAAAUGAA